GCAAAUGAGAGAAGGUGGAAGAUGACGUUAACUUGGGAUUGGCGCGAAAUAAGAAAAAGCUUGAAAAAGAGAGACAAAGUCUUUAUGAUUGGACGAAGAAACCAAAGCCUAUCUUCUUCUAUCACCAACGAACCUUCACCCUCUCUGUCGGUUCCUCUUUCUUUUUCAUUUAUUACUACUUUAAUAAUCUACACAAUAGAAACUCCCCACUCUUUGUUUUCUUGAAAGUUCUUAUCUUUCUCAAAGAACCCUGCUCAAGCCGGUUGAAGAUUUUAUUCUUCAGGAGGGUUUUAACGACGUUCAUUAUUUUCACUAUAGCAUCCCUCUCCAUGGAUGUUGUAGAGAGAAGGAUUUCAUCCUGCUAUGCCAAACUUCCAUGGAUAUUCAAAGGAAGUGCCUUAUAUCAGAUUAAUCUUGUGAAGGCUGCGACUGCUCGAGCAUUCAUCCCUAAGGAGCUUCGAUUAGUUGAAGCUUUUGGAUACACUCUUGGUGGGUUUUUCCUCGCUAGCUACGAUGAUAGCCCCGCUGGUGUCUUCGAUGAGCUUGUGGUGAUUGCAGGAACUGUAUGGAACCCUCCUACAUCAUGCGCAUGGGCCGCAAGGGUGCUUGUAAACAGUGAUGAGGCUUGUCAUCACGGACGCAAGGAAGUAGGACUACCAAGCCAAGUUGCAAGAUUUUCAAAAAAAAUAACAGCAGUUCCAAAGGGGAAAAGGGAGAGAACUUUUGGUUUAUUGGACACAUUUACGCUAGGAACUUCUAUGUCUCACCCUGAAGAUAUGGUGGAGGUUAAGGUUAGUGAAGUUGAUGGUGCUGCUUCUGCUGAUAUCUGCAGUAUCAAAUUUAGAUCAGACGAAAUGGAGAAAAAACUCGGAAACUGGAUGGGACCAGCAAUCAAAAUGUCACUACCGAGUUUUAGUGGAAAUACAAAGUACUUUCCGAACCUGCUCAAAUAUUCAUGCCACCUCCAGUGCAGGGUGAGGCCGGUGAGACCUGCGGUAGUAUCACAUCCUUUGGACAAUGAGACAGAUUCAGGAGAGAAUAUUCACUCAUCACAAGAGUUGCAUGAAAAUGAAAGGAGGUUAAGUGUAGCUGUAAUGCUAUCAAAACCAAUCAUAGCUCUUGCAUUUAAAGACUUAACAAUGCAAGUAGAAGCUCCUGUUGUAGUUUAACACAACACUCAAGUUCCAAGAACAUACACGUCCUUCCUACUACAAGAACUCUUCAGGAAGAGGAUGACUAUCCAAGAACGCUUUAAAUAGCACUAGUGAUCUCUGAGGCUGUGAGAAUGGGACCUCGUGUGAAGCUCCUCGCACUGUUGCAAAUGACAAGACAUUUCCAUAGACUUGAGUCCAGCCACCAACCUGAAACAACAAACCGAAUGGACUCGAUAAGGCACACUUGUUCUCAGUCCCAAUCGUUUGGCCAAUCUGCUCACUAAGGUUCUACUUCCUGUCAACGGGAUCACUGAAUCUUGAUCUCCACUGUACACAAGAACAGGAACUCCAGCUUGAACAAGGCUCCCUACGAUGUUAAUGGUCGGUAUUUCCACAUCAAGCAGUUGGUAAUCAAGCACACUGUAUUCAUCAUGAGGAAACAAAAACAUAAGUUGCUUGAUUAAAACUAUUAACAUCAAAAGCAAUCAUCUGAAAAUUAUUAAGAGAAGAAG